CACACACUUCAAUAAGAUCAUGGUGUUGGAAAGGUCAGUUCUACAGAAAAGAAAAGCAGCAGACAAUAAAAAAGCUCCACAGCCUAAGAAGAAUAAAAGUUUGGAUGAUGACUCCGAUGACUACAAGAGUUCCAGUCUGUUCUACCUGUCAUGUCGCAGUGCUGGUCUACAUUUGAAGAAUGGACACAAAUACAAUGUGCUAGGUGCUGACCAGGCUAUGGUUCAGAAGAAUCUCACUAAAGAGUUGAAAAGCAAGGGAGGAGCUGAUAUUGUGGAAAAAUUUGCUGAAGGAUUUGAAGAAUACAUAGAAAAUGCAGCUAGGUUCCAUAAGAGCUUGUUGCCCAGUGUGACUGAUUCUGAGUGUCAAAGUGCUAGAGCUUGCUUACAAGGAAGUGCAGUGAAGAUUUUACUUGGGGUGGAUCUCAUUCAGUCUUCUUUAAUGCGGGUCCUGUGUGAAAAAUUACCAGAAUUUACCGGAGAGAAAGACAGCACCAUUUUAGAGCAAGGUCAGAAGGUGAACGUUCCUCACCUGCUGCUGUCACAGUUUCAAUGGCUAGACCACAUAGUCAAUGGCAAGGAAGUUACAGACAAGCUUCUUGAGAUGCUCACAUGCAGCUGUGAUGAGGUUCAAAGGGAGAUAAUAAAUUGUCUCCCCUACAUUGUACAGGACUCCGAACAUACCACGGUGGCAACAGCUCUUCGAGAUAUACUUGCUGAGAACAAACAGUUGUCAAUACCCAUUCUUGAUGCCUUGUCCAACCUGGUUCUUCCUAGUACCCUUCUUGCUGAGAUCCGAGACUCGGUGCUGCAGCUACUGGCCUCAGUGGACCUGGAUGACCUUCCUGUACUAGUCAAAUUCCUGCUACAGUCUGUCACCAGCCAGGAUUGCCUGGAGGUUGCUUCUGAACUGAGAAAGAAUCUGGAAUUUGAUUGGUCGACGGCUGUAUCCAGCAGUAAAAAGUCUGGUGCUGCUAUAAGUGAUGGCUACAAGCAGGAUGUUGAGAGUGUCGUACUGGAUACACUGAAGUCAGCUGUCAGGUUUCAGCGACAUGUUGGGGAUGCCCUUAUCAAGGCGAUUGAGCAGGAGAAGCAGCCCUCCAACCACAAGGUCAUUGACCUGUUCAUGCUGCUCAUACUCCACGGUACCCCGCGCAAGAAGGCCGUGGAGAGUCUGUUCAGGAACAAGAUUCGCGCCGGAUGUUUUAAUGAAGUCUAUCUGAAGAAAGUGUUUUCAGUUCAUUCACUGGUGUUAAAAGGAUAUUUCCAGUCUCUGUUGAAAUUGUCAGAGGUACUUCUGAGAUCGCCCGAGUUACCUGUGUCAUAUUUUGGCUGUUCCCUCUACAAGCACUGCUUCAUUGCCUUCGAGCCCUACCAUAGACAGGAGAUUGUGGGUAACAUGGUGGAGCACAUAGGCAGUGGGUUUGAGGCAGAGAUUGAUGCCUCCCUGGACAUCCUGGCUGAUCUGGUCACACACCAUCUGAACAAAGUGGCUCCUUUCGCAAUUCUUGUGAAGAGUAUGUUGGACUACCUGGACAAUCUUUCAGUGGGUCAGAUACGAAAGCUGUAUGUGAUACUCAGUGCCUUAGCCUUCAAGAAUGCAAAUGAAGGGGGACUUAUACAGGAUGAUCUACAUAUUGUUAUCAGGAAGCAGCUGUCAAACAACAACCCUAAGUACAAGAGGAUGGGUGUCAUAGGGGCUGUAAUGAUAGUGACCUGUGUGGCAGAGAAAAGUCAGCCAGCUGGCCCUGAGAGCAGUGGUAACUCUAGCACACCGGACACUCUAGAAGCUGACCUCUACAACCAGGUUGUCUCCCUUCUCACCCUGGUGCGAUCCAGUAGCGCCAAGUCACCUGAGGCGUAUGCUCUCUUCCUGGAUGAGCUCUCGUCAAUAGUUGCGCAGGGAAAGCUCGUCAGCAAUGUAGAGAGUUGGAUCAGUGAAAACUUGACGGUGGAUUUUCAAGAAUCCUUUGUGGUGGAUAUAGAAGAUAACAAGCCGACUGAAAGUGGUAACAUCCCUAUGGACUGUCUGUAUGGACUUGAUGAUGACACGGAGGGAGCACUAGCCAUCAACAUACUGCCCCUGGUCGUACAGAAGUGUGGCAGGAAGACUGCGCUCACUGCAUACACUGAGAGUAGUCUGACAGACCCCCUCUGCCUGGCCCCAUCCGUGAGGCUUUUGAGGGUGUGUGAAGAACGCCAGCAUGGGACCCUGGAUAAUAUAGACGCACUGCUCGGCUGUGCGGUGUUCCUGACCAGGGAGACGGUAUAUGAGAAGCUUGAUCCCCUGUCACAGAGGGAGAAGGACAUUAUUGUGUCCUCUCUGUUCUACACCAUCAACUGGUUCAUUGAGGUCGUAAAUGGGUUUGCUGGUCAGUCUGAUCCAGAAAUCAAGGCCAAAGUGAUCACCAGGCUGCAGAAUAUAACAGAAAUGCAGAAAAUACUGCUGAAAUGCCUUGCAGUGUACCCAACUUUCAAGCCCCAGUUAGCCAAUUUUGACCUUGACGAAUCUCUGAAGCCAGUGACUCAUUCUGUAACAACUGGUAAAGGGGACAGCAAGAAGGGUAAAAAGGCAAAGAAGCCUAAGAAGGGAGACAAGACCCCUGAUGAUGCUGAUGACACAAGCAGGGACAGCUCUCAGUUGAAUGAGACUGCAGCAGGGAGUACACAAGCAGGAGAUAAGGAUGGCACAGAGAAUGGGGCAAAAGAGAAGCCUUCCUUAACCAGCCUCGCUGCUUAUAAACCCUACUUCAGGGAGUUGGAUAUAAAGGUGUUCACAAUUCUUGCUACGGGAUCAAUUAAAAAUGUUUUGCUGGACUCAGAGGAAAAUACAAAGGCUGUGACAGAGUUGUCUCUCCAGAUGCCUCAGAUUCAGUUCUUGAUGGAAGAUCUGUGCAGAAAAUUGGAGCAUGCAUUGCUGGCCUCUGCUUCAAAGAGGAAAACAUUCUUUAAAUCUAAGGGAGAUAAGAAGGUAGGGUUUUCCAAUCUGGAUCAGUUAACUCCCUUACAAGUGGCUACAAAUGCUGUUAAGCUGCUGCCAGCUCUGUGUAACCAUCUCGAGGCCUCCAGCGGUUUCUUCCAGACCCUGCUUGCUGAGAACGAUGGAGUCCUGGACGGCCCAGGCAGUCACAGUGCAGAGGCAGUCAUCACGGGAGCUUGCUUCCAGCUCCUUACACAGGCUGUACUCACCAUCUUCUCUUGGAAUGGGUUUCAAAUGUCGGAGAACCGGCCAUUGCUGAAGGAGGCAUUGAAAGUGCUGAUAAACAGAAUACGGGCGGGGGGUCCCACUCAGAUGUCCAUGAAAGAUGUCUGCAGACUGGCCAUGCAGUACAUCGCCAACUUUGCCAACACUGCCCCUGAUAUCUACACAGCAGUGACGCUGUUGAAACUCCUCAUCUCCCUGGCAGAGAAGGCUGAUGAUCAGACUCUGAUGAAGAAACUAGUGCCCCUUGCUGAAGACUUCCUCAAGAGAGAGUGGACAGAUAGUGAGGGGCAGAGAGAGAAAGGGGCCAAGUUUAACGAACAGCUACAGUUUGUUAUCAAAAUUUACAUCACUCAGUCAGAAGACCCAUUGUCAACUAUUGAAACCAUAGCAACCAAGGGUAUUCCUGAACUACUGGAAGCUGACAAGAAUGGCUAUUCAGCGUCUUUCCCCACAUUGACAAGGUCCUCUUACCCUGUGUACUACAGAGUUCUGUUCACUGAAUUACUGGAUGCAGUGAAAACUAUACCACCAGUCAGACAGACAGACCUUGUUGAUUCUUGGAUGGACCGGCUCUUGUGCUGGAAUGUCAGUGUGCGCAUCUUACACAUCCUGGUCAAUCUUAUCAAGACCUUUGAUAGCCGUGGAUGUUUGGGAACAUGUAUAAAGUAUGGCCGUUUCUUUGUUGAGGCCUUCUUGCGUCAGGGCAUGCCCCUCCUGGAUAAGAUGUUCAAGAACCACAAGCAGGACAUCACUGGCCUUCUAAAGAACCUUCAGCAGAGCACACGAUUCCUCCAUCACAUGUGUGGCCACUCGAAGAUCAUCAAGGACAUAGCGCUGACGAACCAGGUGCCCAUGAUGAAGCGUACCCUGGAGGUGUUUGUGUUCCGAGUGAAGGCCAUGCUCACGGUGAACAAGUGUCUGGAGGCUUUCUGGAUGGGCAACUUGAAAAACAAGGAUUUACACGGAGAAGAGAUCAUGUCCCAGUCAGUGGCUGCCAGUGAGGCUGGUGGGGACAGUGAGGGGGAGGCACUGCCUGAGGAGGAGGAGGAGCUUAGUGAUGUGGAACUGGACAAUGAAAGCACUGCCAGCAAUGAGACGGGUGACAAUGAUGUAACUGACCCCGAGGGCUCACUGAGUCAGGCCUACUAAACACAUUAACAAUGUUGAAAAUCCAAGAGUCCUAGAAAGUGCAUGCUGAAUCAUAAUGUUAGAUGUAUCUGUAUUUAAUUAUCCUAGGGUCUUGUAAGGCUCAGCACACAAACAAUAUUGCAGGUACGGUUAGCUUGAAAUGUUAGGCUUUUUUAAACAUAAAUAAUAAUGUCAGUCAAAAGGACUACUAGGUUAGGUUUACUGAACACUUGAAUCUACCGACUUCAUCACUAAGGUAACAGGCAUGCACUCAAUAUUGCAAUACCCUUUUGACUUGAAAUGACAGGCUGUUAGGUGUACUAAAACAAACAUUUGUGUUCAUCCAGCACUUUAAGGCUGGCAAUACGGAAUUAAUGCUAUAAUAAACACAUUUAUAGUGUGACCAAUGAAAAGGACUUUGUGUGAGCCGAUGUUCUGAACAAGGGACAUAAUUCGUGUUGAACUUGAAAAAAGAAUAGUCAGGCUUGAUGAACUCUCCAAAUGAAGCAAGCUCUGUGGAAAGGGGGUUUAAGGCAUGAUGUGCGUAAAGUGUCAUCCCAGAUUAGCCUGUGCAGUCCAAAAACACUGUUGUAUUUUUAGUUUAAAGGAAGAAACUUGACAAAAAUUAAGUUUAGGUAGAUUAGCCCUAUGCAGACUGCACAGGCUAAUCUGGGACAAGCCUUUACGCACUUGCAUUAAACCCUGUUUUCACAGAGCAAAGCUCAAAUGCUUACAAAUCUGUAGGACUGACCGAAUGAAAGACAGCCAUGAUACAAAUUGAACUUUCGGCCUCUGCAGAAUCCACUUCCUUACAGAUUAGAGAAGUUCUUCUCUGCAUACUGAUUUAAGUAUAAAGACAGUAAGAGCAAACAUAAAAAUCAUGUAAGCAACAGUGCUUAAAAAUUGGCUGACAUAAAUGUUCAGUGACUGUUGGUGGCUUAAUUAAUGUUGCUUAAAGUACGUUGUUAUUGUAUUUAAGAAUUACCUCUAGUGAGCAAUAUGUUAAAUGACAUCUGAGCUCAUGUCUUGUUGGUAAGUGUUCAUUGUUAAACGUUUGGCACAUUUUUCAGUAAUACAAGACUCCAUAAAUGCACAAGUUUGUCUUAUGAUUCUCUUGACCUGCUUACACAUUUUAAAUAUUCAAACCCUUGCCUUUCAAAAUCCCUGAUUUGUUUAAUUUAUUUAUCAAGUAAACUUUAUAACCCUGAUCAUGAAGAAGGUUAGAUCAAACAUGUUCUCUAAUCAGGAAUCAUACCCCUAGAUAACUGCUCUUCCUUAAACUCAGUAUACUUACUGCAUACUUACUGAUGACAAUGUUUGUACCUGUUAAGACAAGAAUCGUGUACAGAUCAAUACAGAUUUUUUUUAAAGACAGAAAUUCCCGUGUUUCGCUGAUAAUUGUUAAGAUUUUAGUAUCUUAAUAUACCCUUAUAUGAUAUUGUUUAUUAUACUGUUGUAAUUAAUACUAUUUGUACACUUCACUUUGUUGAUUUCUUUUGUUUCUUUCAAAACCUUGUGUACUAUUCGCACAUGAAUUUUGACUACUUAUGCAUUAAUCUUACUUGUACAAAAUAAAAGUCUGUUAUGAUAA